CGCAACCAUAUGGAUUUGAAACUACGAGACGUUCAUGUUUUGAUCACAGGAGCGAGCGGAGGCAUCGGUUUGGAAACGGCCCGCCUGUUCCUUGCCCAGGGAGCCAAGGUCACAGCACACUACAACACCAGCUCUUCCCCGCUCGACGCGCUUGUCGAAGAGUACGGAACUGCCAGGGUAGCUCGCACACAGGCCAAUCUGGUUAACGAAGACGACGUCGAUCACCUCUUCUCUUCUGCCAGUAACACACUGGGUCCUGUGCAGAUAGUCGUCAUCAAUCAUGGGAUCUGGCCCACCGCAGAUGAACCGGUGGAGAGCAUGUCUCUCGAUAGAUGGCGCACUACUUUGGACGUGAAUCUCACGUCGGCGUUUCUGGUAUCUCGAGCGUAUCUGAAGCAACUGCGCAACGCGAGCGAAGAUCAGCAGCACACGGCAUCCAUGCUUUUCAUCGGGUCCACCGCGGGAAAAUACGGAGAAGCGGGCCAUGCAGACUAUGCGGCGAGCAAGAGCGCCCUGAUGUACGGCCUGGUCCUCUCCCUCAAGAAUGAAAUCGUCAAGAUCGCGCCUCGUGGAAGAGUCAACGCGGUCGGUCCCGGAUGGGUCAAGACACCCAUGGCAGAAGCAGCGCUCAAGGAUCCUCAAGUCGUCUACCGGGCCGUUGCAACAACCCCUCUGAAAAAGGUGGCGGAGACAUGGGACAUCGCGACGCAAGUCGUGAUGCUCUCGUCACCUUCGGUGUCCGGCCAUGUCACAGGACAGGUCGUGAUGGUCGAAGGUGGGAUGGAAGGCCGCUUGUUGAACCAGAUGACCGCGAACGGAAUACAAGCUUACUGAUACAUUCGAUUUGCAAUGACAUGUGUACACAUAUUUCGAACGGGCACUGUGUGGAAUGCAGGCCAAAACCCAGUUGAACACCGAUUACAAUUAUCACGUAAUCAAUCACAUGCCACAAAUCGGCCCCCACAAACGUCGAAAGGACCCUCACCUCUCUUUCACCUUUGCGUUUCCAAUGGAGGAAAUCAUGAAGGCAUCUGCUCCUUGGAAAUUGAAGGGCAAAAGCUGGACUUUCUUGAUCUCUUCGCUGGACCCCAAGGCCAAUUUUCCGGCCGGAUGGAGUGAGGAGUUCCAAGCCGAUGCUCUCUCCCAAGGCGGUGAGUUCAUUGGUGGACUAGGCAGUGUCAUGGUCGUGUCAUAUGCGGAGUCGCCAGUCGGUAAGCAGAUCGAGACCUAAUAGAGAUGUGUGAACACCAUCUCCCCAGGACCGUUUGAUCUACAUUCCUGGCCGGUUCAAAUACUCGGAUGGGAGCAAGUCGUUCCGCAUCACGAGAAUCUAUGUCUCGACCAAAGAGUCCACGCUCAAUGGGAGGAGAAAUUGGAACAUUCCAAAACUGACGGCAGACUUUGUCAUCGACACCAGCGCAGACGGAUCGACGGACAUUGCCGUCUCUCAACCUGGGUGUACUACUCCCUUCUUCCAGGCCACGGUCCGACCGAUACUCGUGCUCUCCUCCCUCUCCAUUCCCAGCAACACCGCCAUCCUGGGUCAGCUUCUCAAUUUGAUGCAGCCGCCGCUGCCGGCCGGAAAGAAUCCUGAAGAUGUCGGCACCGAGCAGUGGGCGAAUCUGACGCCAGCGCUCAGGGGUUCCCUGUCCGUGAGAAAGUUAAUACCCGUAAAAAUCGGCGAUGGUGCCAGUUAUCCCCAGGUUAAACCGUGGUCACUAGCCCUCGUGACGGAUAAUUUGGAGUUGGAUUUUGGACUCGCUCAUUUCUCUCCAGUUGUUUGAUUUGUUCUCCAAACAACCGGUAUAUGUAUGUACUGUUU